AUGAAUUAAAUUCCGAUCUCAUGUUCAAUUCCAAACCACAAUGAAAUGAUUUCUUUUGCUUGUUUUAAUGAAAGUUGUUCAGAAUCAAGAUUAGGUUGCUUUUAGUGUAUUCAAAAAAAUUUGCACAUUGCCCAUUAAGAGGAUUUAAGACAAAUCCCUUAUGUAUUUAAUAUAUUAUCAGAUACAUCUAAUGAGUGUAAUGAAUUGAUAAAUUUACUUAAUCUUCUAAAUGGAAAAAUCAACCGAAUAUUUAAUCAAUUAAAGGAAAAUUUACGAUUUUAAUACUCAAUCACAAAUGAAUAAUGGUAGAAAAUGAACAUCAAAUAAAUGAAUGAAACUAUCUGUAAACUCAUCAAUUUCUCUAAGGAUAAAUAAAAAUUAAUUAAACUGGCCUCCGAAAAUACAGAAGCUUUACUUUAAUCUUUUAAAACUUAAAUUGAAGAACUUAUUAAGUGUCCUGAAGAUGAUAAAUUUAGAAUACAACCUUUUUAAUAUCAAGUAGUUAAUUCUAUAAAAGAAAAUGAUAAAUGUUAUUCAAUAUGCUUCAAUAAAGACUCCUCAAUAAUUAUUGCUGGGUAUAUGUAUGGGUCAAUUAAAGUAUUCGAUUUUAAAUAAGGAUAAAUGAACUUAAAACAAACACUUUAUGAACAUAAGAGCCAUGUUGGAUGUCUAUAGUUUAUGAAUAAAUAACAUUCAUUUAUAUCUGGUAGUAAUGAUAAUAGUAUUAUAAUUUGGAAGAUAGAUAAUUUGAAUUUAUGGUAAAUUUAAUAAAAAUUAAUUGGACAUAAAGAUUAUAUUUUGUGUUUAUUAUUGAACACAAAUGAAGACUUAAUUAUAUCUGGAAGUGAUGAUAAAAGUAUCAAAUUUUGGAGUAAAGAAAAAUCCUGGUAAUGUUCCUAAACAUUAGAAAGUCACUAAAAUUCAAUAAGAAGUAUAAGUUUAAAUAAUAGCUAAACCUAAUUGAUUUCUUGUGCUUAUGAUGAAAAUUAAAUAAUAAUAAGUUAAUAAAAUUAAAAAAAAGAAUGGAUAAUUGUCUAAAAGAUAAAUCAAAAAGGUCAUAGAUUAUGUUUUAUAAAUGAUGAAUUAUUUGUUGUUUAACCUGUCCUUUCGCAAAAAAUAUAUUUUUAUGAAUUAAAUAAGUCAACAAAUUUAUUUAAUAAAAUUAAAGAGCUUGAAGUUUAAAAUGGAAAAGAUUGUUAUCCAUAUUUUCCAUAAUAAUUUAUAAAAAAAAAAUAGAUUUUGUUAAGUAAAAAUGGACAUCAUGUCAAUGUUAUAAGGAUAAACUCAACAGAAGAAUUUUAAUUAGAAUAAUUUAUAAACUUUGGAACAAAUUCUCUUUUUGGUAGAUUAACAGAUGAUGGCGAGUUUAUGGUAUCAUGGGAUGAUAAAAUAAAAUAAUUACAAAUAUUUUAAUAUUAAGAAAGCUAAAGUUUAUGA